GUCCGUAAAGUGCUGGCAAAAAUAGUUGGGAUGGACUCAGAGGCUCUCAGCAUCUGGACCAAACCAUGAAGGUUUUGCUUAAUUCAGCGGUUUUUUAUUGAAAAAUAAAGAGGCAGAAAAGCAGCGCUCACCAUGUACGGGUUUGUGAAUCACGCCCUGGAGCUUCUGGUUUUACGGAAUUACGGCCCAGAAGUAUGGGAAGACAUCAAGAGGGAAGCUCAGCUUGACAUUGAGGGUCAGUUUCUUGUUCGAAUCAUAUACGAGGAUGCUAAGACGUACGAUCUUGUUGCAGCUGCAAGUAAAGUUCUGAAGGUCGAUGCAGGCGAAAUCUUGCAGAUGUUCGGAAAGAUGUUUUUUGAAUUUUGCCAGGAGUCAGGCUAUGACACCAUAUUGCGUGUGCUGGGCUCAAAUGUUCGAGAGUUCCUGCAGAACCUGGAUGCCCUACACGACCACCUGGGCACCAUUUACCCCGGGAUGAGGGCCCCGUCGUUUCGCUGCACCGACGCAGAGAAGGGAAACAACCUGAUCCUCCACUACUACUCAGAGAGAGAAGGAUUGCAGGAUAUUGUGAUUGGCAUCAUUAAAACAGUCGCUCAACAAAUCCAUGGCACAGAGAUAGAGAUGAAGGUGAUCCAACCGAAGAGUGAGGAGUGUGACCACAUCAAGUUUCUGAUUGAGGAGAAGGACUCUGAGGAGGAGGCGUUCUAUGAAGAUCUCGACGGUUUUGAGGAGAACGGCACACAGGAGACUCGGAUCAGCCCAUACACGUUCUGCAAGGCCUUUCCGUUUCACCUCAUGUUUGACAAAGACCUGAUGCUCACACAGUGUGGGAACGCCAUAUACAGGGUCCUGCCGCAGCUCCAGCCUGGUGCCUGCAUCCUCCCUUCCGUUUUUUCUUUGGUUCGUCCGCACAUUGACUUCAGCUUUCACGGCAUCCUGUCCCACAUCAACACUGUGUUUGUUCUGCGGAGCAAGGAGGGCCUACUAAAUGUGGAGACUGUGGAGAAUGAGGACGAGCUGACAGGGGUGGAGAUCAGCUGUCUGAGACUGAAAGGGCAGAUGAUUUAUUUGCCUGAGGCAGAGAACAUCCUUUUCCUUUGCUCGCCCAGUGUUAUGAACCUGGACGAUCUGACGAGGAGGGGGCUCUACCUGAGUGACAUCCCGCUACAUGACGCCACGCGUGACCUGGUGCUGCUGGGGGAACAGUUUCGUGAGGAGUACAAGCUAACGCAGGAGCUGGAAAUUUUGACGGAUCGCCUCCAGCACACACUGCGGGCCCUGGAGGACGAGAAGAAGAAGACGGACAGGCUGCUCUAUUCUGUUCUGCCACCAUCUGUUGCCAACGAGCUGCGCCACAAGCGCCCCGUCCCGGCGAAGCGUUACGACAACGUCACCAUCCUGUUCAGCGGCAUCGUGGGAUUCAACGCUUUCUGCAGCAAGCACGCCUCAGCUGAGGGAGCCAUCAAGAUAGUUAACCUGCUCAACGAUGUUUACACGCGCUUCGACAUCUUGACGGACUCUCGGAAGAACCCUUAUGUAUACAAGGUGGAAACAGUCGGUGAUAAGUACAUGACAGUGAGCGGUUUGCCAGAGCCUUGCACGCACCAUGCCAAGUCCAUCUGCCACCUUGCCCUUGAUAUGAUGGAGAUAGCAGGACAAGUCAAAGUGGAUGAUGAGCCAGUACAGAUCACAAUUGGGAUCCACACCGGGGAGGUGGUGACAGGUGUGAUUGGCCAGAGGAUGCCCAGAUAUUGCCUUUUUGGAAAUACGGUCAACCUUACAAGUCGAACUGAGACGACGGGAGACAAAGGAAAAAUUAAUGUCUCAGAAUACACUUACAGGUGCUUGCAGUCUGCGGAGAACGCGGACCCCCAGUUUCAUCUGGAGUACCGCGGCCCCGUCACCAUGAAAGGAAAGAAGGAGCCGAUGAAGGUGUGGUUUCUUUCUAGGAAGACCAACGACACGGAGCCUCCGGCAGUUAAGCCGUAAACGUAAAACAAAACACUGAGUGAGAGGACUUCAGCUCUGUGAAGUAUGGUGUUAUUAUAAACUUCAGAUGAAAAUGAGUGAGGGGAACAUUAAAAUUAAUAUAGGUAUAGAAAUAUUGAUAUUUUUAAUACAUAAAAAAAAGUGUUUCAAAGUGUAUUUGAACUUGUAUUCUCACCCUUCCAUUUUCUCCACACACCUGAUACAUUACAACCUCACUAUAGGUUUUUAGAAUUGUGCAGUGUUUAUAAUAUAGCUUGGUACGUUCAAGUUAUCUUUAAUUUUUUUUUAUGAUGAAGUAUUACACACUAAUAGGUAAAUGAUAAGCUAAACAUUUACAAUUAGCCACACGAUAUUAGGGUGCCAAAUGUUUGUGAUAUGCUCAUGUGACUUGUGAUUGCCAAAAAAAUGUACGGUUUACAUUCAGAACUGCUUAUUUGCCUCAUAGCAAUAGAUUAUGUUUUACAUUUAGUGACGAUGAAAAUGAAUCUAGAUGUGGAAGAUUCUGUGUUUUUGUUGUCAUCUGCUGUUUAGCAAGAAAACUGUAAGAAGACGAUACAAGAUAAAAGGUUAUUUUUAAGUCACAAAUAAAACAGUGUUGUAUUAUUAUGUAUUUCACAUAAAUAUUUAGGUAGCAUCAUCAAUAAACAUGAAUAUUAGUUUUAUA